UGUUGGCUGUUGACCGUUCCGUUGUCAAACACGAAAAUUGGUUAAUUUUGUAAAUUGUUUUUACUAAAAAUAGUUGUAAAUACAUCCCACCAAAUAAAUCUGUGAUUUAAAUUUAUAAGUGAACGUUAUAGUAACUAAGAUAAGAAGAAAAAUAGUGUGACUUAAGAUAUUGUAAGAAAGUCGUAACAAGUGUACAAAACCAGGGCGGGUCGGGUUUUUGCUUUUUAUUUCGUUAAAAUGGAGAGUAACGAGGAAUAUCACGACCCGGAUUACCCGGAAGUUCCUGUUAGUGUCAAGGAGGAACCUCCGUGUGUCGCUCAGGAAGAGAAAGUUGAAAAAAUCAAAUCUAUAAUACGGCGCGAAUUUCAGAAUGAGCUGGAGGCAAGACAAAGCGAAGUGGUGUUGAUUGAUCAAAGGAUGUCAUCGUCACGUCGUCUCCUCCACCGCCUUCGAUACGCUCUGGUGAGCAACUACUACAAUGAUCUCAAACUCAAAUUAUCGAAUGCGCAGGUGGAAGAUGAGAUCGCUGCAAUCAAAGACCCCAAGUCGAAAGCCGAGAUAUCAACAUUGUUACGCGAGGGGCAGCGUAACAUCCACCCGUCGGUCAAGAAGCUGCUCGGCAAGAAGGAGGUGGACAUUUCCGAGAUAUUCAAAAGCAGAGCUCCGAGGAAUAAGUCUAAGAAAGAUUAUUCGGCCAUGCUGCAGAAACGUAACUACACCAUCUCGGCAGACUCCACGAAGACCCUCCGCCCCAACAUGGAGAUCAAAACUGAACCCGCUGCAGAGACGAGUAGACCAAAGAAGAUCCCGCGUGCUCUGAAGCCGAGCGCCACCGUGCUGACUCUGGACGAGGGAACCAGGAAUCAAAUGAAACAUAGAUAUAGAAUAGUUAUAGGGAACACGUCCAAGUACACGCCGGCCGCGUCCCGCUCGGACCGCUCCACGCACAAGUGGCUGCUGUACGCGCGCGGCCCGCCGCAGCAUCCCGACAUCUCGCGCGUCGUCACCGCCGUCACCGUCAAGCUGCACCACUCGUAUGCGCCGCACCACACCGUGCAUCUCAGUAAACCACCUUACCACAUAACGCGGCGAGGCUGGGGGGAGUUCCCGGCCAAGAUCGAGCUCCACUUCGCGCAGCCCCAGCUGAACCGGCCCGCGCUCGUGCAGCACACCAUCAAGCUGGACACCGACUGCACGGGCCUGCAGACGUUAGGUGGCGAAACAUUGGUAGAUGUUUGGUUAUACAGCACGGAAGAAAUGCUAAAAUAUGAAUACAAAGAAGACACGCAAACCGACGAACAAAAUGAGCCAACACCUGAACUAAUACAACCUAAGACGGAGCCAGUAGAAGACGUGGACUCGCAGGCAAGCUGUCAAACCGAUAACUGGUUAGAGUUCUUCAGCAACGAACACAAAGACACAUCCUUUGAUGUUGACGAGAUGAUAAUCAAACCCGAAAAGAAAGCUGAACUCGACAUUAAUUACUACGACAGUGAGCUAGUCGUGAAAACUGAGCCUCCGGAGCCUCAGACCUGGACAGAUCCGUGUGAACGCCUCAACGAAUUCCCCGAUGAAAUACUGAAGAAACCAAAUCUACCGAAGAAGCGUAUAGUGAAAUACAUGGAACCCACAACGGGGAAGAUUUAUUAUUUAGAAAUGGACAGAACGCUCGAUCUCAGUAAAGUGCAGGAAAUAGUGAUCAAUAAUAAAACUGCUAAAAUCAGUCCGAUCAAAUCGAACGGCCUGAAGAGUGUUAGAAAUAGAAAACACGGUGUGUCAUUGUUAAAACCUAAGUUAAGUGCUAAUAAAGUGAAUGAUUACUCUCAUAUACAAAACGAUCAUUGUUAUCUGGCAACACCGCUUUGUAAUGUUGCCGGUGUCAAAAAAGAACAUUCGCUGUAUGAGUUUUUGUGUUCGAGUAUGAAUAAGUUUGAUUGUGUUAGGACCGCUGUAAGUUUUUUAGUGAAAAGAAUUCCAUUGGUGAGUGAAGACGCUCGGGAUCCAGACUUUUUGAAGAACUUUCCAUUUGUCGUUGAUAAUUAUGAACUGUUUUGGAAGAUGGAUUUUGCUAAACGUCGAAAUAUUGAGUGGUCACGGGCGAAACUAAUCAACAAAAUAUUAAGCGAGCACUUCAUUAACAACGAAACAAUAUGGAGAACAAAGCAAAUACUAAUCUAUUCUAGGCUGCACGGCUACUAUCCCAUACGCAAGGACUGCCUGAAUGACAGAUCUGAGACGUCAGACGAUAACGAGAGGUUGACAUCUGACGUUAAAACGCUGUCAAUCUUCGACCCGGAGUUAUACAGCUGUCAGAACGAAGUCCUCAAUCUGACGGGAUCGGAUGACGAAAUCGACGUUGUCAACUGUCAGUCGCCUGUCAAAGUCAAAGUGGAGUUGCCAUGUGAGGAGGUGUUGACAGUGCUGCCAGUGGAAAACGAAGACGACAGACUGAGGUAUUUUUAUAUUGAGAAGAAAUGCGCUGAUAUCGGUAUCGAUUUACGAUGUGAAGAUAUUGGAAACGGAUAUUCUUACAGCGCGGUGCACGCCGUACUGCUGUCCGCGGUCCGCAGCGUGGCCGACGAGCUACUCCGGGGCGCGCUCGCGCACAGCCUCGCCCGGACCAACACCGCCUGGCCGGGGUCGUCGCACCGCCGCGAGCGCGUGUCGUGCGGCGCCGUGGCGGCGGGCGCGGCGGCGGGCCGGCUCGCGCUGCUCACGGACGCGGCGCUGGGGGCCGCGCCCAAGGACAAACACAACUUAUAA